AUGCAGACUUGUAUAGAGCUGCUAGAGAGAUAUGCUGCUGAGUUAUACACUCAUGAGAUAUUUCUUUUCUUUCGGCCAUUUCUCUCUAGAGCUGGAUCAAUACGGGUGCUAAACAUAGAGAAUAACAAUGAUUGCAUAAAGUACAUUAUGUGUAAGCAUGGGAGGCCCGAUUUUAUGUGGAUCGUUGAUUUUCAUCAAGAAGAAAUGAUCUUCAUGUGUACCUGUUUAAGAAUGGAGUCAUUUGGAAUUCCCUGCGAACAUAUUGUGAAAGUUCUGGUUGGCAGAGAUAUUUGUGAGAUUCUCCAGUCAUUGGUAUUGGAUAGAUGGACAAAAAAGGUUAAAUCAGCACUCAAUGAUCCAAGUGGGUUCACGAGGGAUGUUGUUGUUAUUAGUCAUCAAAGUGCCUUGAUGGAAUUUUCUAAACAAUUGGUUGUUGUUGCUGCUAAAGUACCAGAAAGAUAUGAAGAGACACGUGACCUAAUUAUGGGAUUGUACUCAUCUUACAAGGCUGCAGAGGAAGGCACUAAUCAACCUCAGUCAGGUGUAGCUAAAAGUAGCAAUCCGUAUGUGCAUCAAAGCGGUGUAGGCUCAGGACAACCAUCUAGAAAGAAGCGGCAACGUUGUAGUGUUUGUCAAAUGGAAGGACAUAAGAAGACAACAUGUCCUUGGCAAAAGGACAUUGACCACAACGUUAUUGGAAGCUAA